AUGGCGAGUGGGGUCGUCGCUUCCGUUAGCGCCCUUCAGGUGAUCUUUCUAAUCGAUAACUAUGGAAGAUUUUGGAGGAGACGGUUGACGAUCAGUGUGCUCUUACUUCUUCGGCGAGUUUCGUGGUAUCUAAGGAUUGUUAUUGUAAUGUUCCGGAGCAGGUAGGCACUUACUUCUUGAGGCAGUACUAUCACGUUCUCCAGCAGCAACCAGAGUUCGGUCAUCAGUUCUACACGCAGGUGAGCACCGUGAUGCGUAUCGACGGGGAAGCGUCCGAGACGGCUUCUGGCAUGAUGGUAAUCUUUUAUUUCACUAAUCUCUUAUUUAUUAGAAUUUUUUAUUAUAAUUUCUGCGUCUUAUCUGUCGAAUUAUUGCGCUGAAAUGUUUGCCGGCAUUAUUGCGACUAUAUGAUGGUUAUCAUCAUCGUCAUUAUUAAGAGCAACAAUGCCAGGAGCAGGUGUGAGCGGUUUGAAAUCCUUCCAGCUUCAAUCUUGGGCAUUAUUUUCGCAAUCGAAAUAAGAUUUUCGGCGCAAAUUAAUUUUAGCUGGAACAUUUAUGCUUUAGAUGACCCGUUGCCAGUCAUGCUAUGGCUAUUAACAGGAAGAACAAUUCCAAGGUUAGCUGGAAUUGGUUUUUGUCAAUUGUCUCAUAUGGCGGUUGCUACUUCUUCUCAUGGGAGCGAAUCUUUUGGUACCAAUGCCUUUUAACUAUAUAUUGAACUGUAUGAAGGUAAAAUAUCUAAAUGUGAAGAGUCAUCCGGUGAGAGUGAAUGAUAUAUCUCUUCGAAAAUUUGAAAGAAAAACUAUAUCUUAGAAAAUUUCAGUUUUGGCAAGCUUAAGUAAUUAUGUCAAUUGGGGUGAUGGCUAACAUUCACGUGAAUAUCUGGGGUCUCUGAAUCUCCCGUUUGUGGAUUUUAGCACUAAUUGGGACAGCUGAGGCUCUCUCUAAGCUCCUCUUUAGAUUUUUUUUGCAACUUUGUUUUCGCAUGGACUUGCUUUGGCUUGUUCAUUGUAAAUUUCUGUCAUCAAAAUCCUCUCAAGAAAUGAGACAAAUUAACCAAACAUUUGGCUUAUUUGGAAAAAUCCUAUUCUUGAUCGUUGUUCUUACACAUUCUUUUGGAAGCCAUCUUUAUGUUGGCUAUGAGAAAGAUUAUGUAUUUUUUGUUGGCGAUCUAAUUGGAGGGGUUUUAAUAACAUUCUACUGGGAUAAUUCCAAGUAAAAUAGAUUUAGAAAAAACUUUAAAAUAACGUUAUAAAUAUUUAGGAUAUGAGUUUCCUGCUUUCGUAUUAUAAAUCCAGUUUCUAAAACGCCUGUUUGCAUAGACUUGCAGUCGUGAAUGAAUUUAAAAACUUACAUUUGGACUGCAUAUGCAAGAGUCAACAGUUUGGAGUGACGUUUGAUAUUCCAACUUUUGACUUCAAUCCCCAAAGCUAGAGGUUGACCUAUGUAAAAAUUCUUCUUCUCUAAAUUACGGAUUUCAUAGCAGAACUUGAGGAUUUUUGUCAAAGUCCCUAGAGUGCGAUUAGUUAUACAGAAUAGACUGUUUUAGCUAUGCUCUUGUUCUAGGUGCGGAUCCUUGUAUAGUCCCUAGAGUGCGGAUCCUUGUAUAGUCUGGAGAGUAUUUGUAUGAAUUCUGUUAACAAAGGGGAGGUAGGGAGGGAGGGGAUCAAGGUUUCGGGUUGUUAAAUUCGAGAAGGGUGGUCUGUUCUGGAAGCCAUCAUUUCAAAGUGUUCCGCUACUGGUUAUGUUCGAAAAUGAACUCAGUUGUCAUGAAUGCACUCUAAGUUUUUAUUUUUAUAGUUGAAAGAGGACAUUUUGUUGUGGCAUGUUAAUUCUAUCCAUGAUCUAAUGUUUGCAUGUUUUUGGAAGUUAUAAUCAGAUGCAGUGGUAUUCCCACUGUUGGCAGCACCGGACAUACUUCCUGCCACAACUCCAGUCGGAUACUUUUUUGAAAACAUUGUAUAUAUAUUGUUUAUGGAUUUUUUAUUCCCUUUCUUUUUUUAAUUUUUUCAUUAUUUUUAAGCAAUCAUGGGAACCUUAAAGUGGCUAAUUAUUUGAUUGUUGACAACCGGAGAGUUAUGCAAUACCGUUUUUGCAACUAAUUUUUGAUUUAUGUUUCUUUAAUUCAAUGGGAUGGUGCCUUCUCCUCACUUUUGUUCGAAAUUUCUCAUUUUUUAUGUUUGAUACUUUGAUCCAGUUUAUUGUAUGUUCCUAUCUCUAUACACUUCUUAGAUUCCUUUUUGAUAAAUGGAAGAUCAUAGUUUUGUGCUCUGUGAGUGUAGUGUGGAUAAAAUUUUAGCUGGAUUCUUGUUUAUGUAAAUCUGUCUUUAUUGCAGGAAAUACAUUCCCUUAUAACAUCUCUGAAGUUUACUGGCAUUGAGAUUAAGACAGCUCAUUCAUUGGAAUCAUGGAAUGGAGGUGUUUUGGUGAUGGUAUCUGGUCUUGUGCAAACCAAAGAGUCCAGUGGGCGGCGGAGAUUCGUGCAGACUUUUUUCCUUGCUCCCCAGGAAAAAGGAUAUUUUGUUCUGAAUGAUAUGCUUCAACUUCAGGAGGAAGAACAACCACAUCCAACUUUGUUAGGACAUGAUAACUUUGAUGCGAUAAUUGAUAAUUCUGUUGCAAUCACUGAACAAGGUAUACUUUUCAAUUUUCAAAACAACAGAAUUAACGAUCUGGAUGGUGUUAAAAAGUUUACGAUAUUCUUUUUCUUUUUCUUGUUUGGCACUAGAACGUCAUCUAAUGUAAACUUUCACGAAUGUAGGUACUAGUGAGAUCAGAUAAUUAUUUUAUCUUCUCUUUAGGUUAUCUGGCUAAUCAGCAUCCAAUUACUCCUGCUUUUUGACAGAGUUGCAGUAACAAUUUUCCUUUGUGACAAACGGCUGACAUAAGUUGAUACUAUAGCAGUAUUUCCUGUUGUGUUCAUAAGAAUAACUGCUGCUACGUUUUGGUUGGCAUGCAUGGUCAAAAUGAUCCCAUGUUUAUUGCAUUUGCUCCAGCUGAUUCCUUUUGUCAUCAUCAACCAGAGAUGAAUUUCAUUUAGAUUUAAUUUCAUUUAUGCGUCAUGGGAUAACUAGAGUGACUGUUAGCAUUUUUUCUAAAAGAACGUCUAUCUCACAUCUCACCUUCUGUGCUUAAAAAAGAAAAGAAAACAUAAAAACCUUCUUGUCCUCUAAAGGACAUUUCGGCAACUUCCAUAAAGCCUUGGCUGUUCAGAAAGUCCGUGAUGUAUCUUGUUGUGACUAUUGACGGUGGUGUUAUGGUGACCUGCUGUACGAAUCUGCACCCCUCUUUAUUGAGCGAGACUCCUCAUCCAUAUCUACAGAUUGCUGGCACUAUGAUUUGAAAGGAAUGGAAACAAAACAAUCUGGGCAAGGUUUUGUGAAGAUCGUUUCACUACAGUCGAACUAUAUAUGAUUUUUUUUUUUAAAUCCCCAUAAAAUAUCCACAAGGGAUGACACAUUUAAUUAAUUGAUUCUUGAGAAGAGUAAUAAAAUGCGCACGUAAUUAGUUUUCUCACUUUUCAUGCAAUUGACCUCGAUACAAUUUGGAGAUUUAGAAGUGAAACUGUUAAAAUGUUUGAUCGAUCUUUCUGCUAAAAGUUUCAUAUGUUUGCUGAUCUUUCUACUGAAAUGUUCCAUGAUUCUUACUUGACAUUAGCUGAAUGUGUGAUAUUGUAACUUGGCUUGUAGAUAUUUCUGACUCCACACCUGAAAGAGAAACUGAAGAGAAUGACUCAGCAGUUCCUGUUAAUUCUGAGGAAAGUGAGACUGUUGACAAGUAUACUGUCCCUGAACCACAACAUGUUCUAGAGGUUGAUGACAGAGUUGAGGAAGAAAUUCCAGUCGAUGAACCUGUUGCUUCAUUUGCAAGUACAUUGAAUUUGCGGGAUCAACCUCCUAAUGUGCCAGUCGACAAAGCUAUCAGAGAACCACCAAAACAUACUUAUGCAUCCAUUGUAUGUAUCUGGUCAUAAACUUGCAUUUUUUUUUUUUUAUGUCAAUAACGUGCACUUGUUGAUUUUUAUGAAUGAACAUGAUGGAAAUGCCAGCUACGUGUUGCUAAAGCCCACUCUGGAGUUCCUGCACCCCAAACUACCGUAACCAGAAGUGCACCUGCACAGUCCGAGUUGCAUCGUGCCCAACAGGUUACUUUGCGGCAGCCAUCUUCUGGACCUGAGAGAUCAAGCACUGAAGUGGAGGAUACUGCAGUACUUGAUGAUGAAGGUAAUUUCUUCUAUUUUUGGUUUGUAGAAAUAAUGGUUGAAAAAAGGCCAAAGUCAUUUUUUUUUGAAUCAGAAUGCGUUUGCUAGUUUGGUGUGUCUUCAGUUAUGCUAUUAAGCAUUAGGCAUCUGAUGUUCAUGGAGGCUGAAGACGGAAUAGCAAGUUAUUCAGCUCAUUCUAGAAUAAAAAAAAGGUUACUGUUGCUAAUGGAGGCAAACAUUCUUUUGUUCGGUGUUUAAACUUUAGAUGACUGUGUGCAUAAUUGAACUUUUAGUAACAUUCCAGGCAGACUUGAAUGGCUUGUAGUAACACCCCCACCGCAGCACUGUAGUAGUCCCUCACUCCCCCACGUCUUCUUCCGGCUCCCUCAUUCCUCUGGUCUGCCUCCCCUCUGAAACCCUGAUACCAGCGCUUUUACAGCGUAGGGUUCCAAUUGAACCCCCGAAAGAGCCAGGCCAUGUUUUAGAGAAGGAAAAUUGAUUGACCCAGGCCAUUCUCGACCCAAAACACAGCCUUGAUAUGGCAGCAGACGGGGCUCUGGCAAAACAUAACAAUUCUCAAACUCAACCAUCCCAGAUCUACACGGCGUUUUCUCCGGAUUUGCUAAAAAAUGUCCAGCCCAAAGCCACGGAGCACACUCAGAACUGUCUCAACCACUUGGCCAAACAACAAGUAUAAACCUUUAGAAACAAGAAUGAAAUGGAUUGUACCCACAUCCAUAUUUUUUUUAAUAUGUUUUAUUAGAUAUUUUAUAGUUAUAGAUAGAUAUCUAUAUCUAUAUCUAUAUAUAUGUGUAUAUAGAUAGACAUAUGAGGUUAAGGCUACGUUUUAGGAUUUUUGCUGUAGUUGUUUAGCCUUUUUUUCAUAGAAAAUUAGCUUUGGAUUAUUUUCCGCCACCACUUUCCUUGUCUCUGUGUGUGUGAAAUUUAAUUAUGUAAUUAAGUGUUUUUUUCUCCGGGGCAGCUUGAAAGUUGGUCCCCAUUAGGGUGCCUAUGUAUUGAUUUGUCUUCUUUCCUUUUCCUUCUUGCCGCAACCCAGUGAUCACCAUCCUUGAUAGCGUGUGUACUGCAUUCCUUCUUCUUGUCCUCCUGGCUGACCUGAAUGGAGGAUCUUCUUGGGUCAGAGUCGUUUUCACCUGUUUAGGACAGCCAAACCACACCGUCGUGCUAUUCAUCUUUAGGGACAUUUACCCCAUUUUCGCUGUUUUAAAUCCAGCUGAGGUGAAAUCCGUCUACGUGAGGAACCUGCCCUCUUCCACUACGGCUUCGGAUCUCGAAGAGGAGUUCAGGAAUUUUGGUAGAAUCAAACCAGACGGAGUACUUAUCAAAACCCGGAAGGUUCUUGAAAACCUCUCUCUCUCUCCUCUCUCUCUCUCUCUCUCUCUCUUUCUCUCUCUCUCUCUUUAUCUAUCUAUCUAUCUAUCUAUCUAUCUAUCUCUCUCUCUCUCUCUAUAUAUAUAUAUAUAUCUGAGUUUUCAAGUGCAGUGUUCAAUACUCCCACAAUUGUCUAAUGGAUCUUUUCUUUUUUGGGUAGGAUGCUGGCGUUUACUAUGCAUUUGUCGAGUUUGAGGAUCUCCUUGGGGUUCAGAAUGCCGUCAAGGUCUGUCAUCUUAACGCUAUCAGCUGUGCAAAUGCCUCCUCUGUUAGCUCAAAUUCGAUGAUUUAUUUAACAUGGGCAUCGAGUAGGCUGCUACUUGUAAAUUUGCCAGCUUUUGCUCGAUUUAAGCCGUUCUUUUCUUGAAUCGGAAUAUUUUUAACAAAAUUAAUCAGUGAAGAAAUAUCAUACGUUGAGAGAACUAAUCUUCUUCCUCGUCAAUUGAUCCCCACCCUCUCUUUCACUUGGAACCUAACAUAUCUAACGUUGAUACUAUUAUUAGAUAAUAUCUGCAUUUAGUAUGAUUUCAAAUCAUCUUUCGUGAAUCUAGAUUAUUUUAUUUUAUUUUUCCCCUUUCUCAUGAGGUGUGAUCUUCGUCCACUCUUCGCAGGCGUCUCCAAUUCCUUUCGGCGGCCGGCAGAUAUACGUAGAGGAGCGGAGACCGGGGAGCCUCGCGGCUCGAGGAAGUAAGCGGCUCUCUUCCUGACUGCUUUUUCUUCAGUCCUCCCCUCUUCUAGUACAAGCUAAGGGUGGGGGGGCCCUACCCUGCUCAGCUUAGCUAGCAGUAUCCCGCCCGCCCUCCAAGAACUCCUCCCUCUCCCCUUCUCUGGAGAAGGAACUAAAACCCAUGGUGAGGUUUCUCCUUGUGGGCCCUUUCAAUUUCCCUUCUAGGACGCUUUGACCAGGGAUGUUGACCCGGGUGGGAAUUUUUGGCUCCUUUUUAGUCCAACGAGCUCCAAAAUGCCCGUUGUCAGAGAGACGGCCAGCCUUAUCCCAGGCUCGGGCCUACAGAGAAGAUCUUGUAGAUAGGAUCUGAACCAGCAGAGGAGGAGGUUGAUUGUGUGAUAUGGGUAUGGGCUUCCGGGCCGGGCUCUGUUGAAGCCCGGGCCCAUUCGUCGAUAAUGCUGACUUGAUUUGAUUUCUUCUCCUGGAUUGUGGGCAGGGAGGGGUAGAGGAGGCCGAGGGGGAUACCAGGCGGAGGCCCCCCGGGGGAGGUUGGGCGGCGGCAGGUCCUUCGGCAGCGGCGGCGACCGGGGAGACUUCAACAGCGGAAGGCUGAGGGGCAACGGCUACAGCAGCGGUCAACGCCUACCCCGCCAAGACCGGGGCAUUCUGGGCUCCUCCUAG